AUGAUUCAUGCUUCCCCGAACGUCUAUCCGCACGGAAGUGAAACUACCACCCGAUCGGUUCCUUUACUAGUUCCACCAUCACCAGUCACGUGGUGGUUUCAACGCGAAAACACGGACCAAUAUCGGGAGCAACAGGAACAGCUCGGACAUACCGGCUGUCUGGAAGCUAUUUACAGUACCGCACUGCUUUACCUACACGAAACGCUGGAUCACCUCGCCCUAGUGCUACUAGCCUACAGCAUACUAUGUGUCGUACUGUACCGGGUGCUGUUUCACCGUGCGACCGGUUCAGCAUACGGCCGAUGGUUUGUGCGGCGAAGCCAUUUGCCGCCUUGCAGUCGUGCCCUGCUCGUGACUGCACAUCCCGAUGACGAAGUGAUGUUCUUCGGUCCGACCAUACUGGAGUUGCGGCGCCGGCAGUGUCGCGUAUUUGUCCUCUGCCUUUCGGAAGGUAACCACGACCGGAAAGGAGCUGUCCGGCGUCAGGAACUGUGGGACGCGUGCGAAAGUUUGGGCGUACGACCCGAAGACAUUACGUUGGUGAACGCAACACACCUUCAGGACGAUCCGACUGCCGAAUGGAAGACGGUUACGAUCGCCAACCAGCUACUACGUCAACUUGAAUCGCUCGAUGCGGAACUGUUGAUCACGUUCGACAAAGACGGUGUCAGCGGACAUCCAAAUCAUAGUGCAAUUUACUAUGCGACGGCUUCGCUCUGUCUUUCCGGAAUGAUACCGAGCAAUUGUAAAGUAUUAACGUUAGAAACAGUGAACCUGUGCCGAAAGUAUUUGUCAAUAUUUGAUCUUCCGGUAACAUUGCUUCUGUCUACCAAUUGGGUAAUUCUUAGCUGGAGGGCACGCCGUGCUGUUCAAAAUGCGAUGCGUUUACACAGCUCCCAGAUGGUGUGGUUUCGCAAGCUGUACAUAGUUUUCUCCCGCUACAUGGUGAUCAAUUCAUUGCGCGAAAUCAACAAAUCGGAUGUAGAAUUUGAAAUCUUGGACACCUGA